AUGUCUAAUUAGAUAAAAGCAUAUAAAGCAUGUUGGAAGCAAGCAGUUGAUGCUGCAGAAAAAGAAUUAGAGGAAAUUUACAACUAAUUUGUUUCGAAUGAUGGUGAAUUACUGAAAGAGAAUUCUCAUAAUUUAAAUGAUGAGGAGAUAAAGUCCUAACUGAAUUAGACAGAAAAUGAUCAUUAUUUUCAGGAUAAUAGCGAUGAUUAAGAAGAUCAGCAAGAUUAAAAUGAUCAUUAAAUAAACAUACUAACAUAAAAGACAAAAGAAGACUUUAUAGUGAAUUAAGAAAUUAAAAGAGAACUACUUAGGGAAGUGCCUUAUAAGGAAGAAAAAUUAUAAAUUUACAAGAUUAUUUAUUCGAAUGGAGAUGUUUAUGAAGGAGAGUUAUCUAAAGAUUUAAAGGAUGGGUCUGGUACUUACUACUAUGCAAAUGGGGAAAAAUAUGAUGGGUUGUUUUCGGAAGAUGUUAUUCAUGGAUAUGGAAAAUAUUUUUUUAUGGGGGGUCAUAAAUAUGAGGGAGAUUGGUAUUAAGGAGAGAAAUCUGGAAUGGGCAUUUUAGAUUUUAAAACAGGAGACAGAUACAUAGGUGGUUUUUAUAAAGAUGUAUUUGAUGGUGAUGGUAUUUACUUAUAAAAAUUGAUAGGAACAUUUUAAUACAGGAAUGGAGAUGUUUUUAAAGGAAAAUGGAAGAAAGGUAAAAAGAAUGGGCAUGGGGAGAUGAGAUACAAAGAUAAAAGGAUUGUUGUAGGAGAAUGGAUUGAUGAUAAAUUAUAGCCCUUUUGA